AUGAAAUCAAGGUUAUCUCUUAUAACCUAUGGCGAUAUCAUGCAAUUAUUCGAUGAUGUAGACGUGCCAUCUAUUGAAAACGAAAUUGGACACUACCUGCAAAAUUAUGGCGAUGGCGAGCAGUUUCGUAGUAUUACUGUGGUAGAAGAGGAUGACGAUCAAAAUCUUGUUGACGUGAAAAAUGAAGCAUAUAAAACUCAUAAUUUAGCCUUUGCAGAGGAGUGUUGCCAACGAUUCUACUUAUGUCGAAUCAAAAAGGCUAUUGUUCUGUUCUUGAAGAAACAAAAAAAAAUCAAGAGCACUCUGGAAAUAUUCAUAUCGCCACGAGAAAUGGCAGAGGGUUGUGCUUACAAGAUUUUGAAAAUGGUGCAACUAUCCAACAGACUAGGAAGGCCGAUUGUAAUUAAGCCAGCGGCCGAAAUCAAGCAAGGAUCUAGCAAAGCACCAGCAAUCCAGAAAGAGAAGUUGGCACUGAUUGAUCAAAUACAACCUUAUGGAUACUAUGUCGAAGCAAACUUUGGCUGCUCAAACGAAAUCAAAAUGUCGCUAAACCAAGUAAUUGAAACCACUGCCGAGGAUGGCAAACUACAGAGAUCUACAAUGUCGAUAAUGGAUUCGUCGUACCAGACAUCAGAUCCGCAGUGUAAAUCAACACAUGAGGAUGCUCCAACACCUGUCAACAGCUACAAGUCGUUCAAGUCAAAUCUAGUCGAUACAAUCAAAUACUGUAUAGAGACUGGUAAAACGGUUAUUCAUGACAUAGAUGAAGUUAUAUACAACAACUAUGCGAAGCCAGACUGCAUAUGUAACCUUGCCAUAAGCCAUCGCUUUCUGAUGAACCUCGGAAUACUGCCUUAUCUAAAGGACAUUGGCGAUACUCUUGUAACGUCGUUAAAAACUAGGGCGCUCUUUGGAGACUACAAAAUAGCCUGUCUGGUUGUAACUGGAAAGUUCCUCUCCAACCUUCUGCAACAAUACAAUACAACAUAUGGCGAGUUUAUGUGGACACACUUGGAAGCAGCAAUAUACUCAGCACUGCGUACCAAACAACUGAAGACACAUUUGGUGAUGGAAAAGUCGAUUGUGAUUGAAGAUGAGGUGUAUGACUACCAGCCUUUAAAAUUGGAGAAAUAUAGACAGGUUUUUAGCAAUUACUACUUCAUCAAAAUAGUCUCUAACCAAAAAGACGAUUUUCGAGUAUAUCGUGAUGCUGGAAAUCAUUGGGUUGAGGUCACCAGCAUCAACGAAGAUGCUACAUGUUGGAAGAAUCCCAUACUCCCCAUGGUUGAAAAUGAGAGCUGUCGAUCUGUUUGUAAUGAGAAGUUUUAUUUUUUUAUUAAUCCAAAACAGACCGAUCGAGUACACGGCGAUAUAGGUGAGUAA